CACCACGCUUACCAUCUCGAAACCACAUUCACGACUCUUCCACGAACCGACCAACACCCCCACGACACACCUCCGACCGCAUACCACCUCCGACCGAAGCUCCCAGCUGACGCCGAUCACUUCCGCCUGAAAUUGCCUCCUGCUCUCUACUACAAUCACAAUGGCCUCUAGCAAUGCCGACGGCGGUCUCUACGACCCAUACGUCAAGCGUGGUGCCGAGGAGGGCGACGCCAGCAACGCGCGCACCCAGGGUCUCCAGCGUGAAAUCGACGGCGCCGUGCAAACGAUGCAAAACAACAUCCACAAGAUCUCGGAGCGCGGCGAGCGGCUCGAUAACCUGCAGGACAAGACGGACCACCUGUCGACGCAGGCCAACAGUUUCCGCCGGGGCGCCAACCGCGUGCGCAAGCAGAUGUGGUGGAAGGACAUGAAGAUGCGCAUGUGCAUCAUCGUGGGCAUCAUCAUCUUGCUGGUCAUCAUCAUUGUGCCGAGUGCGAUCUACGGCAGCAAGAACUAG